AUGGGCGGUUACGUUGGCGACGCGGAAUUUCGGAAAUUCUUGGAGGCGACUAGUUAUAUUCAAGAGUUUACCAGGAUUCUAUUGGCGAGGAGUGCGAAUAAUUUGCCCAAAGUGCCAGACGACUUGGCUAGCGUCAGCCAACUCACGGAUCUCGUUAAAGAGUUUCUUCGGGAACAACAAGAAUUGGCAGAGAAAAUAGAAAUCGUUCAGAAUACUCAGAAGACGAUGAAUCUAUUGGUCAAGGAGAAGUUGAGUAAAUGCACAUGCGAAAUGAAGGAAGAAUUGAAAAGUACACUAUCGAAUGGAGUGAAUUUGCAAGAUAUGCGACGGGAGAAUGGGAUGGAUUUCACCCUAAAACUGCCGUCAACCUCCUCCACCAACUACAUGCCCCUUCUGAAUCAACAACUCGAGGCGGACCUCCAACAAACUUUUGAUCUACAAACGAUUCUUGGUCGGAUACGGAAUUUUAGUACCCCUCAGCUUCAGCCGGAUCCCUAUCAAGAAAACGGUCACUUCAUUUUCGACUCCGCCCCCUCCCAACAACAUUCCACGUCCUCCCCGCCCAAAAAAACGGUCGUCAAGAAACGGGCGGCGCACCACGAAUCAAUCAAUAAUGGACCGUAUCAGUGUCGUGACUGUGAUAAGACGUUCCGACAGAAGCAUGGAUUAUCUCAACACCUUUUGACACACGAAUCGAAUGGAGCAUUCGAAUGUGAUGGGUGUGGAAAGAGAUAUUCGAGACAGGAGAGUGUUUAUAGGCAUCAGAGAAGCACCCAAUGCUGUGCCGACAAGUACCAUUCCCUAACAAACGUUCGACAUCACAAUGGACAAGAUGCAGGUCCAUCAGAGGAUCCAAAGAAUAUUCAGUUGAUGUCUCCUUCUUUUAUUAUGUAA